GAGAGGAAGGAAGAGAAGCAGAGAGACAGAGGGAGAGACUAGAGGUGGCUCAGAAUCCUAAACAGGGGAAAAAAACAGAGGGAAUAAGCAGCUAGAGACAGUGAGAGGGAAAGCAAGAGAACAUAAAUCUGAUUAAAUAAAUUGUCAUCUUGCAAGAAGCUGAUAUUAAAGAUUCAUUUCUACAGAGCUCCACUCAACAGAAGUUAUGUCUGUUCAGGAACGCUCCAUCAUUUGCCUUCUUUUCUGUACUUUAAGUGGAAUAAAUAUUGAUGCAGUUACAGAUAAGCCCUUCUCACUGUGGGAAGGUACAAAUGAAUCGAGUCAGAGUUUGUCAGGCAGCCAAGAUCUUGAGGAAUUUCCACUAAAAUCUACAGCUUUUACUGUACAAAUAGAUGAUGAUGACCUGUUGAGCAUUAGGCGCAGACAAGAUGGUGAGGCUGUGAUUGACGAUUCCACCAGUCGGGGAGACUACUAUACAAACUCUGAAUCCAGUGUCACAACGUCAGCCGGAGAAGACAGGGGCAGUGUGCCCUUACUGUAUACUGCUCUUACAGCGGUUGUCAUGCAGGGGGUAGAGGUUAGUUUUACCACACCAGAACUUAUGCUUGCAAUGCACAAUAGUCUAUCAGCAGUGAGGGAAUCGUCUGAUGAAUCACGAAUAAACUCUUCUGAAGAUAAACCAGACAUUAACACUUUAAGUGGUCUGCACACUGCUCAUUUCAGCUGGACGAGUGCACCAGUUCAUGUCAUUCUGAAUAGCCAAGAAAUGUCUGUGGGCACUGAAACUGGAACUCAGUUACACUUUGGAACUUCAUCAGAGGAAAGAGAACCCCUAAAGCUGACAUCUGGUGAGCCAACUGCUGGGGUUCCAUUGUCUCCACAGUCAGCACAUACCAUCAUGACCUAUUCUGAACAAAUAGUAGCAAAGGCUACAGCUCCUACAUCAGUCCAUCACCUGCAAGGAUCUACUUCUUUGGCAUCUGAGGAGGGAGGGGACACAGAUGAUAGCAUGACAAGCAGCGUAAGCCUCAAUGUGAAUAUGCCACCGACUGAAGUAUCUGAUGAAACCUUUUCCUUCUCCAGAGAAGAUACUUGGGACUUGCCACAGAUGUUGCAUCCAUCUCCCAAUACUGACACAACUGAAAAAUGGAUACCAGAACAAAUGGAGCGGCUAGACCCCACACCCGUCUCUUCUGACUUGGAUGGACAAAGAGUGGACCAGCCUCAUGACACCAUUCCAGAACAUGAAGACAAGGACCUGAAGAAUUCUACGACAUGGAGUUUUCCACUUGAACUUGCUGGCACAUUAAACAGAACAUCUUCAUCAAAAGCUGAAACAGCCACUACUGCCAUCCUGGAAUGCCCUCAGGGUAAUCUUCAGAAGUGUACUAGAACAUCAGACCAGUCAAAAAGUGACCCUACACAAGAUACAAACUCGUAUGGAUUUCGCUAUCCACUGCUAUUUGUUGCUUUACAUACAGAUUGGAACACAGCACUGGCAGACUGGGGUAUUGCUUGGGAAGCUCACAUUUACAGCAUUGGAUCCUUGUUUGGUAUUCUCACCUUUCUAGCACUGCUUAGUUUGCUUUGCCUUCCAUUCAAGUGUCCGUCAGGGUGUGGGUUUAUUGUUAUCCUUAAUUUUCUUCUGAUAUUAAUCGGCUCAAGCAGAGCCUUCUCCUUAUUCUAUGAUGCCUACAACCACCAGGAGAAAUUACCCACCGUUAUAGCGCUGCUACUGUAUGAUAUGGUAUUCCCUUCUUUAACAUCAGCAUUUGGAGUUGUAUUUCUCCUGAUUUCAGUUAAGUCAAGAACCCAGGUUUCUCACCCAAGAUUUCAGCAUCCAUGUUUUUUAUCAACAUUGGUCUUCCUACAUUUUACAUUGGCAAUUGGAUUAAUUCUAGCAGUGGACAUUCUGCAGCAAAAUCCUUUUCUUAUCUUUGUCUCUCGUGGUGUUUUUGUGAUGCUGGCAAUUCUUCUUUCUGUUUCAUAUUUUGUUUUUUAUUUCCAAAUGAAGACUGAUACCAUACAAGUCUACAACUUGAAAAGUUUCACAUCACCCAUGGAUAGCCUAAACCAAUGCCCAUUUGUUAAUUCCACAACCUGGAGCAGGGCAGCAAAAACCAUAAUGUUCUCUGCUGUAUUUGGACUUCUGAAUGCAGGCAUUCAAUUGUAUGCUAUCUUGUACACUUUUGGCUUUGGUGGCAAACAUGUCUUUUACCCAUGGCCAUGGUGGAUAUUUCAGCUGAGCUUUCGACUGUGUGAAAUUGGCAUGAGCUUCCCAAUGGCACUAGUUUGCCUUUAUCCAUUGUUUUCUUCUACAGAGCCAUCUCAGAACAACUGUUGGACUAAAUUGUUCUGCACAUCUGCAGGUCAUGUUGUCAUGAAAGCUCCUAUGCUUCCAAAUAAUUAUCAGUGGGCAUCAUCUCAGCAUGAAAAGCUGGUUAUCUGUGAUACCAUUGCAAGGAGUGAUUCAGAAUUCUUUCCACUUUAUAAUUUAGCUGACAACUGUGUCAGCAGUGGGGAAGACAUUAACCUAAUUUAUCACAGCAAUAAAGGCAUUGAAGCCAAGGAUUUGGAACUCAGACCUGGGAACAGUUCCAGGACAUCGUCUUUUAUGAGCAUUCAGAUUGACAGUGAUUCAACCGUUGAUCUCAGACCUCCAUCUCCAAUCAAUCUUAGACGCAGUAUCGAUGAAGCACUUUUCAAUGAGGCUUUGAUUCCAGAAGGACUCUUUCAUCAUACCAAGUUGUUUACCUCAAGCAAUCUCUCGCUCAAUUUGAAAAGUAAUGUCUUCCAAGAGGCUUUAUUGGAGAAGUCAGCAGAUCGAGGGUUAUACAGGACAUCAUCGUGUGUUGAAAUUGAAACAUCGCUACCAAAAGCAAAGUCGUCAGUUGUUUCCAGCCAGCUUAUCACAACAGAACCUUCUUCGGGUAGAUGGAGGGGCAGCAAUGGAAGUUCUGUCUACAAACUCUCCUUAGAUGGCUCAUCACUUGUACUGUGUUCUAGCCCAGAAAAGCUGUUGUUUCCUUCUUUUAACUUUGAGAGGAAACCAUUCAAAAAUUUGUCACAGACAAGCCUGAGUCGAGCUUCCCAAGUACAGCGAGAGUAUCAGGCAUUACCGCCUCCAUCACAGGAGUCUUUGGACAUUGUGGGACACCAUAGUUUAAAUCUACAAGAAGAAUUCAUGGUUGUCUGCAGGCAAAUUGAUGAGCUGAGUGUAAGCAGUGAAACAAUAGACUUAUGAGACAGAACCUGUCUUAAACAGAAGUUUGACCCAACACUGUAUCCAUAACAGACAUUGAUAUUUUAUUGUUUCAUGAUGAAAAGGAAUCAUGUAAAUGUGCAAUCAGAAAAAACAGGUGCUACAAACAGAACAUAUACUGCUUAAAUUUGUUUUUAAAUGUAAGAAUAUUUUAGCAUAUUUAUAUUACUUAGGUUUCCUAAAGCGGAUUCCAGUUUGAUAAAAAAAUAAGCUACAUACUAUAAAUAUCUAUAAAAGAAACUUACUAAUACUGAAUAGACAGUAUUUACUAUUUAGAGUGAAUAAAUACAUUUGAGUUUUAUAUAUGUACAUGUCAUAUAUCAAAUUAAUUUUGAUUUUCAGCUGUAAAUAUAUGAAAUGCUUAAAA